UUUAUCCACAAUGACUUUUUCUUAUACCAUCAUUCAAUUCUUUGUUUUCUCAAUUGCCCUUUUUUCAGUUUCUUGCUUAUCAAUAUCACACACUCCAAACACAAAGUCCAAACCACACCCCUAUAUCCUUCCCAUUAAGAAAGACCCCGCAACCAAUGUGUUCUACACUUCACUUGGCGUAGGAACUCCACGACACAACUUUGAUGUAGCCAUUGAUCUCACAGGAGAAAACCUCUGGUAUGAGUGUGCCAUAAACUACAACUCAUCAUCCUAUAGUCCAAUCAGUUGUGACUCACAUUCAUGCCCCCAAAAUACUAAUCCAUGUAGUGCAUGCAAUGGCCCUUUCAAACCAGGUUGCACAAAUAACACUUGUGGUUAUAACAAUUACAACCCGUUAGAGCAAGUCAUUUCUCCAGGGGAUUUGGCUGAAGACGUCAUAUUCAUUUCUCAAAUUCAAGUGUCUGACUUUAUUUCUGGAUGCACAAACUCACACAAAUUCUCUAGCAAUCUUGUUGGAGGGUUACCCAAAAGCAACAAAGGGAUGUUAGGCCUUGCAAGGUCACAACUUGCAAUGCCAACUCAGCUUGCAUUGUUGAAGAAUCUCCCUCCCAAGUUUUCUCUUUGUUUACCUUCUUCUAACAACCUAGGAUUCACUAACUUACUCAUUGGACCUGAGGGACAUCCUCAAGAUGUGUCCAAAUAUGUCCAAACCACUCCUCUUGUUGUCAACCACUUUGACACUGGUCCUUUGUUUGAGGAAGGUGCUCCUUCUACUGAAUACUUCAUUGAUGUCAAGUCAGUUAAGAUUGAUGGUCAUGUUGUGAACUUAAAGCCUUCUCUGUUGUCCAUAGAUAGGAAGGGCAAUGGGGGUACCAAAAUUAGCACCAUAACUCGUUUUGCUGAGUUACAAAGUUUUGUCUAUAAGCCUUUUGUUAGAGAUUUUCUUAAGAAGGCUGCGGACAGAAGACUAAAGAGAGUGGCAUCAGUGGCACCAUUUGAGGCAUGUUUUGAUUCAAGAAGCAUUGGAAGUUCCAUCACUGGUUUUUCUGUGCCAACUAUUGAUCUAGUGCUACAAGGGGGAGUGCAAUGGACUAUUCAUGGAGCCAAUUCCAUGGUAAUGGUGAAGAAAAAUGUAGCAUGCCUUGCAUUUGUUGAUGGAGGGACAAUAGCAACCAUGUCAUUUUUUAAAGCUUCAAUUGUUAUUGGUGCGCAUCAGUUGGAGGAAAAUCUUUUGGUGUUUGAUUUGGCUUCCCCCAAAUUAAGCUUCAGCUCUUCGCUUUUGCUCCACAAUGCCACCUGUUCCCACUUUCGAAUAUCAUAGGUUCCAAGUUCUGCGUUAUUCUACACAGUAAACUCAUCGCUGUUUUAUUGUGCCAUAUUUGUUGUAAACCAAUUUAUGUUUUAUUGUGUGAUGUAAGUUUUUUAUUCUUAUGCCAAAAUAUGAAAUUGUAAAUUUACUUUGAAUAAUUCGAUUUGAUAUU